AUGCAUCUUCAGCCCAUUGACAACACUGAAAUCGAGCCAUUCACCAGCGCCAUGGACGCCCCACGCAUCACCUUCUUGCCAGAGGCGCAAGAGACGUUCGACGACGUCUGGGGUUCGGAGCCCGGCUCACCAACAACCAACUUCGCCCAGGACGCGCCCACGGGAACGCACCCGGGCGACAUACCGCGUCUGCAGGCCGAGCACACCAACGCUGGCUACCGCGAAGGCAUAUCUGCCGCCAAGGCCCACAGCAUCCAGGCGGGCUUCGACGAGGGCUUCAGCCUCGGCGCCGAGGUUGGCUCAGUCGCCGGCCAGAUCGUUGGCCUCCUCGAGGGCAUCGCCGCCGCGUUGGACGGCGGCAGCAGCCAGGACGACGAGGUCCUCUCCAAGGAAGCCCGCAAGACCCUAGAAGACGCCAAGGCGCAGCUAAAGAUCGACUCGAUCUUUGGAUCUGCGUACUGGAACACCGACGGGACUUGGAAGUUUGAUGUCGGGGAGGAGCGCGCCGGUGAUGAAAUUCUCUUCGCGGACGUGGCUCGUGCCCACCCCCUCAUUCAAAAAUGGCAAAAGGUUGCAGACGCCGAGCUUGAGCGAUGGGGCAUCGUCCUCAACGCCAUCGGCGAUGCGCGGGAGCACGAGAGACAGCCUAGCCCGGAGCGGGCACCGAGCUCUGCGGUGCCACAGACCAAGAAACCUCUAGACUGGUGA